AUGUCAUCCUCUUCGAUCGAAAUGGGCACCACCGGGGACGACAGUGGUGGCCGGCUUCCGCCGAUGCCUAUCCUCCUGAGCUGGUUCUCUGCGCUGUGCCACUCCGUUUUCCUCCUGGUUUUAUCCUUCCGUUGGGUUCUCAAGCGACCCACGGGGGGGAUCCCUGAAGCAAGAUGUAAACCUUCGCACCACAAGAUUGCCCUCUCCGCUUGCCUUGGGAUGGCUCUUCUCCACACCCUAUUCUGCGCGCUCCAGUUCUUCUGGUAUAUCCACGUCUGGCGGCCAGACAAUGCCGCCGUCUCCUCGGACAUGGCCGCGAGGGCUGUUGCUUGGUCUGCAGCAUCUGCUUAUCUGCAGUGGGGGUUCCGCUCGUCCCGGGAGAAGGGCUUCCCGGGAUUGCUCAAGCUCUGGUGGGCAUUCUUCCUUGCUCUCUCUUGCUGCUGCCUCGUCGUCCACGUCUCCCCCGGAGGAGGACGUCGGGCUCUGGAAACCCAGAUGUGGCCAUCCGACGCUGCGUCGGUAUUCGUCGGAAUGUCGCUGAUCUACGUUGGGUUUUCUGGGAAGAGGACUGAGGAGCCUCACCCCGUGGAGGACGAUAGCUCUCUGCAACACCCCCUGCUGGACGGCACUAGGGUUACCGGGGGCCCAUCAGAUGGGGAAAGCGGUGGGGAGAGGAUCGGCGGCGCCUUCUUCGACGCGGCAAACUUCCCAAGUAAGCUCACCUUCUCUUGGGUCGGCUUCCUUCUUUCUUUAGGAAGAUCGAGGGCACUGGACCUAGACGACGUUCCAGAGCUGGGGGACAAUGAUAACGCCAACCGAGUCUUCUCCUAUUUCCGCCGCAAGCUUGAAUCACGCCGCAGGAACCAUACCGUCGAUACUCUCCAACUGUCAAAGGUGCUGAUUCUUUCGGUGUGGAAGGACAUCGCGUUGGCCGCAACCUUCGCGCUCAUAUGCACCAUAGCAGAGUACGUGGGGCCUUACUUGAUCGACGGCUUCGUUCAGUACCUCGACGGCCGGCGAGAAAUCACCGCGAGGGGAUACGCCCUGGUCUCGGUCUUCUUCCUCGCGAAGGUGGUCGAGUGCCUUUCUCAGCGGCACUGGUUCUUCCGGACUCAAGUGUUCGGCAUGAAAGCCCAGUCGGCGCUUGUCGCCAUCAUCUACAAGAAGGGGCUCUCCCUGUCGGUCUCGUCCAGGCAGGACAGCGGGGGAGAGAUAGUCAACUUCAUGAGCGUCGACGCGGAGAGGGUCGGGGAGUUCAGCUGGUACAUGAUGGAAUUGUUCCUCGUCCCCGUCCAGGUCGGGCUGGCGCUGGUCGUCCUCUACAAGAGCCUGCAGCUGGCUUCUCUGGUUGCUCUGGCGGCGACCAUCUUCGUCAUGGGAAUCAACAUCCCUUUCGCUAAACUGGAGCAAGGGUUCCAAGAGAAGAUGAUGGAGUCCAAGGACAGGCGGAUGAAGGCGACUUCUGAGGCGCUGAAGAACAUGAGAAUUCUCAAGCUGCAUGCCUGGGAGAUGUCCUUCCUGGCCAGGAUACUCGAUCUGAGAAAGGAUGAAGCGGGCUGGCUGAAGAAAUAUGUGUACACCGACGUCGUGGUGACCAUUGUCUACUGGGCUGCGCCCAUAUUCAUCGCCGUCGUCACGUUCUUGGCCUGCAUACUCAUGGGGAUACCCCUGGAAUCAGGGAAGGUGCUGUCCACAAUCGCCACUUUUGGGAUCUUGAAAGAUCCCAUUUAUAACCUCCCCGAGACUAUUUCUCUACUCUCUCAGACCAAGAUCUCCCUCGACAGAAUCUCAGGCUACCUUUCUCUCGAGGAGCUGCAGCCUGACAAUGUGGAGGAGAUUCCAAAGCAGAACACCCAGCUGGCUGUUGAGAUCAUCCAUGGAGCUUUCUCUUGGGAUCCUGCUUCUGAGAAGCCCACCCUGGAGGAUCUAAACGUGCAAAUUUCCCAUGGAACGAAGGUCGCUGUCUGUGGAACCGUUGGGUGUGGCAAGUCUAGCCUGAUCUCUGCCAUCUUGGGUGAAAUCCCUAAAGUUUCUGGGGUAAUUAAGGUGAGUGGCUCCAGGGCAUACGUUGCUCAGUCUCCGUGGAUACAGAGCGGCACCAUAGAAGGGAACAUACUCUUCGGGAACAAGAUGGACAGAGAGAAUUACGAGCGUGUCCUUGAUGCAUGCUCUCUGAAGAAAGACUUGGAGGCCCUUCCAUUCGGCGACCAGACAAUUAUCGGGGAGCGGGGUAUCAAUUUGAGCGGCGGGCAGAAGCAGAGGGUGCAGAUUGCCCGAGCAUUGUAUCAGGAUGCCGACAUGUAUCUCUUGGAUGAUCCUUUUAGUGCGGUUGAUUCACACACAGGGACCCAUCUCUUCAAGGUGAUCCUUUUCUCUUCUCGGUUUUUCAUACCAUGAAGCUUUUUUUUUUUUUUUGGUCUCUUCAAACCAUGUCAAAUUCUACGGCAUCUACAAGAUAGCGGAGAUUUAUGGUACAAACAAAGAUAUAUCGCAAGAUGAAGCAUUUUUCAUGGUAGCCUCCUUAACAUUGCAGGAGUGCUUGAUGGGGCUUCUGGGCACGAAGACAGUCAUCUUUGUCACACACCAAAUGGAGUUUCUUUCAGCGGCUGAUCUCAUCCUGGUUAGUUUGCUUUUCGACCUUUCCACCCCGAUCUCGUUUUCCUGUCAUUCACACCAGGUGAGAGAUACUUGUUCUGUCUGAUAGGUGAUGAGAGAAGGAGGGAUUACUCAGGCUGGGAGGUACACGGAUGUUUUUGUCUCUGGAACUGACUUCAUGGAGCUGGUCGAGGCUCACACACAGUCACUGUCGGCCCUUCCUUCUGUGAAGGCCCCUUUGCCAGGCUCUGCCGAAACCAGCAAUGGAAGCUCAGGUGACACCGCGGAGGACAGCUUGGAUUUCAGGCUUACGAGCAAAUCAAAGCCACAGAGGGAGAAUUCAGGGAAACAGGAGCAAGGGCAGAGGCAGCCGUUUAUUCAGGAGGAAGAGCGGGAGAGAGGAGGAGUUGGUCUUUCAGUCUAUUGGAAAUACAUCACGGCAUUGCACAGAGGAGCCCUUGUGCCGCUAAUACUGCUGUGCCAGGCUCUCUUCCAGGUCUUUCAGAUCGGUAGCAACUACUGGAUGACUACGGCAGCUCCUGUGACGAAGGAUGCGAGGCAUCCAGUGAAAGCCUCCGUCCUUAUACUCGUCUACGUCCUCUUGUCUCUUGGAAGCUCGGCCUUUGUUUCCAUGAGAGCCCUCCUCCUCGGUGUGGCUGGAUACAAGACGUCGACUCUGAUAUUCAACGAGAUGCAUGGGUCAAUCUUCCGGGCCCCCAUGGCCUUCUUUGAUGCCACUCCCAGCAGUCGCAUCCUCAACCGGGUAAUCCGAACUCCUGCUUUAUAGACCUGAUUCUGUGAACGCGCCAUGGAAUUGAUUCAGCCCCGGUGCUUCCAACCCCAGGCAUCGGUUGACCAGAGCUCUGUGGACCUGUCGGUUCCUGCCCACAUGGGGAUGUCUGCCUUCGCAGCAAUCCAACUGCUGGGGAUAGUAGCUGUCAUGUCUCAGGUUGCCUGGCAGGUUUUCAUCGUAUUCAUCCCGGUGGCCGCCGUGUGUGUUUGGUAUCAGGUAAUGUCUUCUUUCCUGCAGGCCAUUCUUAUUGGACGAGACUAUUCUACGCCAUGAAUACGCUCUCCCUGAACGAGUUUCAACCCUGUUCUCGUGCCCAUGAUGGAUCUAAUCAUGCUUCCAGCAAUACUACAUAGCCGCUGCCAGAGAUCUGACCAGACUGGUGGGUGUCCUGAAUGCGCCGAUCAUACAGCACUUUGGGGAAUCAGUGUCAGGCUCGACGACCAUCAGGUGCCAUGGGCAGGCGUCGAGAUUCAUGAGUAGAAACCUCCAGCUGAUAAAUGCCUAUCUGCGACCCAAAUUCUACAAUGCCGGCGCAAUGGAGUGGUUGUGCUUUCGCCUGGACAUGCUGUCAUCCGUGACCUUUGCAUCUUCUCUGAUUUUCUUGAUAUCCAUGCCAGUGGGAGUCAUUGACCCCGGUGACGACAGUGAUUUUUGUUCAUUUUCUUCUAGUUUUCUGCAUGCCUCCAUCUCACCUCAUCUUUUUCUGAAGGCAUUGGGGGCCUGGCGGUGACUUACGGGCUUAAUCUCAACACGCUGCUCGCGUGGGCCGUCUGGAAUGUCUGCAAUCUUGAGAACAAGAUCAUAUCUGUGGAGAGAAUACUCCAGUACUCGUGCACCCCGAGUGAGGCCCCUCUUGUGAUCGAGAAGAGCCGGCCAGGGCCGCAUUGGCCGGACCACGGAGAAGUUCGGGUCUGCGACUUGCAGGUAGAUCCGUUGGCAGUCCUUCGCUACCCAAAAGGUCAGGUGGCGCAUUUGUCUUGUUCAUGGCCUGGUUGAUUUGGUGCGUGCAGCUGCGCUACGCUCCUCAUUUGCCGCUCGUCUUGAGGGGCGUCUCCUGCACUUUUCCGGGGGGAUCAAAGACUGGAGUCGUCGGAAGGACUGGGAGUGGCAAGUCAACCCUCAUACAGGCCCUGUUCCGCAUGGUUGACCCAGCCGGCGGUAGAAUCUUAAUCGACGGUGUGGACAUUUGCACAAUAGGGUUGCACGACCUGCGAUCCCGGCUGAGCAUAAUCCCUCAAGAUCCCGCCAUGUUCGAAGGCACUCUGCGGACUAACAUCGACCCGCUCGGGCAGUAUUCUGAUGUCCAGAUCUGGGAGGUACGCUCCAUCGUCGCCGAUUUGUCCGAUUUGUGCCUCCAAUGGCGCCCACUGAAGCCGCAUGUUGAUUCUGAAGGCUGUGGACAAGUGCCAGCUCGGAGAAGAGGUCAGGAGGAGCGAGGAGAGGCUCGACACUCCCGGUCUGGUCUCUCUGCUGCCGUUCGCAUUCCCAUUCCAUUAUUGUGAUCCAAGUUCUUAAGACAUGCCGAGCCAUGCAUUCUUCUUCUAGUUCUUUCAGACGGACUCAUCCUCUGCUUUUCUCAGUGGCUGAGAACGGCGAGAAUUGGAGCGUGGGUCAGCGGCAGCUAGUGUGUUUGGGCAGGGUUCUACUGAGGAGGAGCAAGAUCCUUGUUCUCGAUGAAGCCACAGCCUCUGUAGACACUGCAACCGACGCGUUGAUCCAGAGGACCCUGAGGCAGCAUUUCUCGGAAUCGACCGUCAUCACCAUCGCCCACCGCGUGGGCUCCAUCUUGGACAGCGACCUGGUCCUCCUCCUCGACAGCGGUAGGUCGCCUACCUUGCUCCAAAUCACAAUCAUUCUAAGAACCCAUCUCCCGAAACCCUCUGAAAGUUUCCUCGUUUUCUGUUGUUCUUGGAGCACCGUCAGGGCUCAUCGUUGAGUUUGACUCACCGAGCAAGCUGCUAGAAGACAGAUCGUCUUCCUUUGCGAAGCUCGUCGAAGAGUACACUGCGAGGAUGGCCUGA